AGGAAAAACUACUAAGAACACUUGAUCGAUUAAUUUUCUUAUAUUUAGGACUAAAAUACGGCCUUUAUAAACCCACCAGCACCAACACCACCGAGAUGGAGGAUGCAAUGAGACUGUUUAGCCUGUGUGCUUGCAUGUUGGUCGGUUCGUACGUUGCUGGGGCUAUUCCUUUGGCAUUUUCUCUCUCCGAGAAAAGACUGCGGAUGGUGAGUGUAUUAGGUGCUGGGCUGUUAGUUGGUACAGCAUUAGCUGUAAUCAUCCCAGAAGGAGUUCACACGCUAUAUGGGCAAGAGCAUGUACAUGGACAUGCAGGCCAUACUCAUAGGCAUCUUCAUGAAGCUCGAUCAGCAAAUAAAGAAUCCCAUGCGAAAGCAACACACAGUGACGUACAUCCACUAACAGAACACAUCCAUAAAGUUGAACCAGAUGUUUUUAUUGGAUUAUCCCUUUGUUUUGGAUUUAUUUUUAUGCUUCUUAUUGACCACAUUAGUGGUGGACACUCACAUGGCUCUUCAGAUGUUGAGGGUAACAAUAGACAAAAGCAUGGCAAACUGACUACAACAAUAGGACUUGUUGUGCACGCAGCAGCUGAUGGAAUCGCUUUGGGUGCUGCUGCCUCAACAUCCAAAGCAGAUGUAGAAUUGAUUAUAUUUUUAGCCAUUAUGUUACAUAAAGCUCCUGCAGCUUUUGGAUUGACAACAUUUUUACUUCUUGAGGGAAUGGAGAGAAAUAGAAUACGGCGUCACCUGGUUGUAUUUGCUGCGGCAGCUCCUAUUAUGGCAUUUGUAACAUUCUUUGGUCUUGGCCAGCAUGGAAAAGAGAUGUUUACGAGUGUUAAUGGAACAGGAAUAGCAAUGUUAUUCUCAGCAGGAACGUUCCUCUACGUAGCAACUGUCCAUGUACUGCCUGAAGUUGGUGGCCAUAUUGAUUCUAAUGAACAGUCAAAAACAAAUCUUAAUAACAAAGCAGAUCUUAUUUUAAUGGUAGUGGGAAUUUGUGCACCAUUAUUGUUAUCACAGACCCACAGCCACUAGAAAAAUAAAUUAAUUUUAAUAAUUGCAAGUAUACCCGUAGUAUAAAAUAAUGUACAUAGUCUGGGCAUGGCUUACACUUAAUCUGUGAAACAGUAGUAAAUAUAUUUAUCACUAAAUAGUACAAAAAAGUGCAAUGUCUAUUAGUUGUGCUUAUUGUUUCAUGAGUGCUAUUUAGUACUAAAUAGUGCAUACAUAGUACUCUUUCACAGAAUAUAGUGUUUACUCAAAGCCAUUUUUAACAAUAUAAGAUUAAUUUUAUGGUUUCUUAUACUUUGGGAGUAUCCUAAUAGACUACUUUGAUGAUACGGUGGCGAUCUUGAAUCAUAAUGCAUUAUGGGUUAUCCGGGGGGCAAAUAGAGCUUUCUUAUAGUAAUGAUGUUGAUUGAUAUAAACAGCUUAGCACACAAAAAAAUGCAAAAAAAGAUGAAUUAAGGCGGCACAUUAAUCACCUUUAACCAUAAAAGAAAGACAAACACAAACAUAAACACAUAAAUAUAUUUUCAGUCGUUGUUUUGUUCUGCCCCCUGGCAAGAUGGCUGCCGUAUUGUCGAAGUAAUCCAUUAAUUUUGGUUUUCUGGAGAUAUGCUAGUGGAUACCCUGUGAUGGACUAGUACAGUAUGAUAAUAUCCCAUCCAGAGGGAGGAAUGUUACUCCUAGUUAGGGAAUGAAAAGUGGCGUGGUGAAAGUUAACACUGUGCAUGCCUGGUAAUAAUACCAGGGCAAGUGUCCUGUAUCUCAAGUAUAUCCCAUAUAAUCUUAAUUGAGAAAUGAAGGGCAGUGUAGUAGUCAUACACACAACUUUUAUGUUUGAUUAAAUUUCCAAGACUCAGCAUAAUGUGAGUACAUUGAGUUGGUUGUUAGCCAUGCUUUGACUUUGAUCAGCCAAAAAGUUGUUUUAGGUAUGGAUAAAAUUUAGCUCCUUCUUUGGGCAUUGGGCACAGUUUAUGCAAUAUAAUGAAAACAAAAAAAUACCCCAAGUUAUACAAUAGAAACGAAGCUCAUAAAGAAUACACAUUAGUCCAAAAUUGCAUACGGCUGAGUGAAAUACAUGAAAAUGAGGCAUCCAGGGCCAAUAGAGGAAUGAUAUGAAUUUAAUUAUCCAAAAAUAUAAUACAGUUUAAAUGGUAUGUUAAUCGACUUUAUAAAGUGAAAAAAACCCUGUAUAUAAUGAUGAAUGUGCCAAUAAAUCCUGAAGGCAAAGCCUGUUAA